GUGCGUUUCACUAACAUAGCGUAUAUUUACGCAACUUUAGGUUUACGCACAUAAUUUACGCCGAACGUAAAUUACUGCGUACGCCGUUUCACUAAAAUGUGCGCAAAAUUUACGCUGCGCGUAAGUGUUGUUUAGCCUGUCAGGUGCGCGCGGACGCUUGAGAAGGUCAUCGUCUGCAACAGUAUCUACUGUAAACAAUGGACGCGAAAACGAAGGUAAAGAAAGCGAUUUGGUCCAAAAACGAGUUUGAGACGCUCGUUUGCGAGUACGAGAAUAAAUAUGACGUGCUCGAUGGUGGUCUGUCUAUUUCCCUCACUGGAAUGGACAAACGGAAAGCAUGGGAAAGCGUUAUGGACGCAUAAGUGGUUUAAACUUUAACAUGCAAAGCCCCAGAUUAAUCAUAUCGUCACAAACAUUCAAGAAACAAAACAAAAUUUAGAAAAUAAUUUAGAUAUGAACUAUUUAGUAACUGGUGAUUGAUCAAUUUAUUUGAAGCCCCUGUUUUGACAUUAAACUGAUACAACGUACAAUUUAAGCAUGUAGUGUCCUUGCUAAAUUCAAGUUACUGUACAGUAUAAAAUCUGAAUAGAUGCUUGUAUUCUUCAUUUUUAGAGCUUAUAACUGGUGCUGGUGGUAAAAGUAUAACAUGUUAUGAAUUUUUGCUAGACUGAAAUUGCAUUUUUAGUGUCAACAGCACCAGCUUAAUAAGCCGAACUGUUGAUGAAUGCAAGAAGAAUGUUAGCGACCUGAAGGUGAAAGCCCGUAAAAAAGAAAGAGCCAGGGUGCAGUAUGAGCGGGGCACGGGUGGAGGACCCCCUUCAGAGGAAUUGAGUCCUCUAGAAAAAAAGAUGCUGGAACUCCUUCCUUUGGAAUCGGUACAUGGCCAUGAAGAUGGUUUUGAUACUUUCAAGCCCAGUUCUUCAGGUAUUCCAUAAUUCCAUGAAAUACCACACGCACUGGCUGAGAUUAAAGUUGUUUUGUAUGCAAUUGUAUAUAUAUAAAGAUUAAUGUUAAUUGUUUAAAAGUGACAUUUAUAUGUUAUGCAAUACAAAUACAUGGAAGUUGUUAUUUAUAAUUGUGUUCUGUUUAUGAUCAAUAUAUUGAUUUAUUUGCAUGAACACUGCAUUUAUGAAACUUAAUUUAUGAAAUUUAUAUUAUCGCAUCAAUGCAUGGUCUGGGUAACUCAUCCAAGUCUGCUGUAAUUGAAUACAAGGUUGAUGACAGCACGCCUGAGCCCAGUGAUAUUCAGUGUCAGCAAAGUCAGAAAGCUGCCAGUGUGAGUUCCACACCAAGCAAAAAAGAGAAGACGCCACAGAAAAGGAAAAUAGGAGAUGUUACAGCUUACCAGGAAAGGCUGAUGAACUUACAAGAGCAGCAGCUUGAACUAAAGCGAAUGAAAAUAGAGGAAAUGCAGAAGAUGCGAAAGGUUGAAGAGCAGAAGUUGGAGGAAUUGAAGAAGAUCCAUACUUCUGUGGAUGCCCUUUUGUCAUUUGUUAUGCUAAAUCAGUGUUAA